AUGUCGAACGCAACAGCCAGUACUGCAGAUUUAUUCUCUGUCAAGGGAAUGGUGGCCCUGAUCACAGGUGGAGGGACCGGCAUCGGCCUCAUGAUGGCUCGGGCCAUCGCCGACGCGGGCGCCUCUAAGGUGUACAUCGCCGGUAGACGUCUCGAAGUCCUCGAGUCGGCUGCCAAAUCGAUCAACAAGCCAGAUGUGGUCAUCCCGCUCACAUGUGACGUUUCUUCUCAGGACUCACUGACGUCGCUCGUCGCGGAGAUUGAGAAGCGCUCCGGCUACCUCAACCUCCUCGUCUGCAACAGCGGCAUCGGCGGCCCCCAGGUCCCCUAUCCUUCCCCGGAGACUUCCCUGCAGGAAUUCCGUGAGAAGAAUCUCUCUAUUCCGAUGGACCAGUAUGAAAAGACGUUCAGCGUCAAUGUCACGGCCGUGUGGUACACAACUAUGGCCUUCCUCGAGCUGUUGGACAAGGGAAACAAGAAGGGGAACCUGAACUGGCAGGGCCAGGUCCUCAUCACGAGCAGCAUCGCCGGCUUCAACCGGAAGGCCCCUGGUGGGUGGGCUUACGGGCAGUCGAAGGCAGCGGUGACGCAUUCGUCGAAGCAGUUGGCGGGUGUUUUACCUAAAUGGGGCAUCAGGGUGAACGCCUUGGCACCAGGACUGUUCCCCAGCGAGAUGUCGGCUCCUAUUGUCGAGGCGAUGGGAGGUGAUGCCUCGUCAGAGGGUCUGAUUCCCCUGGACACGAACUUGGUCCCUCUUGGAAGGAUGGGCGAUUCUCAGGAUAUGGCGGGUACGGUACUGUACCUCGUUUCGAGGGCUGGGGCAUACCUGAAUGGCAAUGUCACGUCAAGGGUCUACUCCGCAUUCCAGAGCCCGCGGGGCUGCCGAGUCUUGCGCGACGAGCGAGAACCCCCGCGAUCAGAGGCGUGUUGGGUUGAGGACUGCGAAUCACGGGUUGGACACUUUCGCAACGACGAGCAUCUGUUGAGUCGUCAACUCCUCCCUCCACCGGGAGGGCAGUCGGUGCCUACCGUCGUCACCGCGCUCGCCUUCGAUUCAAGCCAGGAGCUCCUAUGGGCUGGAAAUGGAUAUGGCCGCGUUACAUCCUUUUAUGGAAACAGCCUUCAAAAAUACACGUCUUUCCGCGCGCACCCACCGUCCGAGGGUGCGGUGCACCAACUCCUGUUCAAUGAGAAGGGGGUUAUCGCACUGGGCGCCCGAGGCGUCCACAUGGCCCUUCGAAGAGGACCGCCAGUAUGGCCACAUAUCAGUGCUGAAGACAUGAGAGACCUCCGGUGCAUGAGUUUCACCUCGAAAGCCACCUCCGAAAUUCUUGUCGCCGGUGUACAAGACACCAUGUUUGUCAUCGACACAAACAAAGGAGAAAUCGUGAAACGGAUACCCACCACGAAUCACUACAUCAAGAUGAAAAAGGGCCGGUACAUUUGCGCAGCUACGACCGAUGGCAACGUUCACAUUCUCGACCCGGUCAAGUUCACCAUUAUGCACAAGUGGCGCGCCCACUCCGCUUUCAUAAACGACAUGGACGUCCAGCAGGACUUCGUUGUUACUUGUGGUACCUCCCUGAAGCAGCCUGCGGCUACUUACAUGCUCGACCCUUUUGUCAUGGUCUUCGACCUGAAAAAUCUCGCAACGAUGCCUCCUAUACCAUUUCCACCGUUGGCAGCCUAUGUCCGCAUGCACCCGCGCAUGCUCACAACAGGAAUAGUUGCUUCUCAGGGUGGUCAGAUGCAUGUUGUGGACCUGCUGAAUCCGAACACUAGCAAUGUACGCCAGGCGAAUGUCGUAGGCUCGGUGCUCACGGGAAUAGAAAUCGCGCCAUCGGGGGAAGCCAUCGCGCUGGCCGACACUGACUGUAACAUGCAUCUAUGGGGCUCUCCUUCUAAAUGUCAUUUUGUCGAGUUGCCACAGCCUACUGAAUGGCCUGAUGAAGAGGUGCCGCCGCCCCAUAUUGACUGGAAAGAAAAUACCCCGCUGAAUUCCAUUGGCAUACCCUAUUAUCGAGAGGCUCUUUCAUCAGCCCUACCAAAUAGCUCCAUCUCAGAUGUUGGAGCACCGCCUCUCAGGAUCUCACAAAAUGACUUGGCACAUCUAACAAAAGCAUCGUUUGGAUUCUACGGUCCAAACACCCGUGGUACACGUCGAAACCAGGCCGAGGACACACGGGUUGCUGACAAGACCACGCUUGCCAUACGAGCACCAAAGUUCCUUAGUGAAAAGGCCCGAGAUGCGACGAAGAUAUCCAGUAGCGCGAGUGCUCCAGAUGGACAGGUGGACAUGGCCGUCGGCACCCUCGGCAAUGCCGAGCUGGAAAGUCUGAAAUUGGACGUUCCAGCCCUUUACCAGAGCGUUGAGAUCUCAUUCAGCAAGUACGGAGUGGACGAUUUCGACUUCGGGUUUUAUAACAUGACCCGGUACGCUGGUUUGGAAAACCAUAUUGCGAAUUCCUAUGCAAACUCCCUUCUCCAGGUCUUGCACUUCACGCCUUUGGUUCGGAACCUGGCGCUCCAGCAUGCGGCGACAGAUUGCUUGAGCGAGAUGUGUUUGCUCUGUGAGCUUGGUUACCUGUCGGAUAUGUUGCAAAAGACGGAGGGCUCAUCAUGCCAUGCGUCAAACUUGUUGAAGUGUCUAAGCAAUCACCCGCCAGCGUCCCGCCUUGGCCUUUUGGAGGAGGACUCACGGCAAGGCUCUCUGACAAAGAUGAUGCAGCAGCUCACGAGAUUUCUACUCCAGACGAUAGCGGAUGACUAUCGCACCAAGUCGCCUAUACCUACAGCGAUGCAGGAAAUUCUUGCUACUUCUGCUCUAACCACGAUCAAAUGCUUAAACUGCGGAAAUGAGACCAGUCGGUCAGGUUCGAAUUAUGUGACAGAUUUGACGUACCCACUAACCAAAGGCCGCGGCAGCCGUUCGUCGAAAACCUCAUUCUCCCAAGUCUUGAAAACGAGCGUGGAAGGAGAGGGAGCCAUGAAGGGUUGGUGCAUCCGCUGCAAUCGGUACCAAUCCCUGCAGGCUCGAAAGACUAUCCAAGGCAUUCCUUCAGUGUUGACACUGAACGUCCCGGUCGCGGAGCAUCGCGAUAAUGAGCUCGAACAAAGGAUGUUGUGGGCGAACCCAGGAUGGCUCCCCGAGGAGAUCGGUAUCAUAGUGGAUAACGGCUCCUUCUUUUGCUACCAAGGCGAGGACCUCAAACUGCACCUUCAACGCGGGGUGCACAACAUUCAGGUCUACUCGCUCAUCGGCCUGUCUGUCAACAUAGAGAGCGGGUCACCUCAAAAAUCACACCUUGGGGCCCUGUCACCAGGCAGUGUUGAUACCGGCUCGAAUCAUAAACCGCACCUUGUUGCCAUGGUCAAUGUUGCGCAUGCGGAGCCGACGGCCCCUGGAGAUAGCCAGUGGCACCUCUUCAACGACUUCUCCGUCAAACCAGUCUCAGCUGCAGAGGCACUGACCUUCAACGCGAGGUGGAAGAUGCCGUCUGUGCUUGUCUACCAGCUGAAAACUGCAAACAACGAUCUUGACACCGAAUGGGUCAAGAACAUAGAUACUUCAGUACUCCACAUCGACUUCAAGCCUGAUGCAAAACAGCACCCAUAUCGAACCCUUGAUCCGAUCACAGAACGUCCAGGACCGGAGACCACGGUUGCUCUUGACACGGAAUUUGUGCUGGCGAAACAGUCAGAGGUGGAGAUGAAAUCGGAUGGCGUUAGAGAGGUCAUCCGCCCCAACUUCCACGCACUGGCCCGUGUCUCCAUUGUGCGCGGCGAGGGCGAGGACGAGGGCCUAGCCUUUAUAGACGACUGGAUCCAAGUUAAGGAGCCGGUCAUCGACUACCUACACAGCUACUCGGGGAUCAAACCCGACGAUCUCGAUCCGCGCAACAGCAACCACUGCCUAGUGUCUCUGAAGGUUGCAUACAAGCGUCUCUGGGUGCUCCUGAACCUCGGGUGCAAGUUCAUCGGCCACGGCCUCAAGGGCGACUUCCGCGUCAUCAACAUACAGGUACCAAAGGCGCAAAUCAUUGACACAAUCGACUUGUUUUACCAGAAGAACUACAGGCGCAAGCUGAGCCUGAAGUUCCUGGCCUGGUACCUGCUCAAGGAGGGGAUCCAGGUCGACACGCACGACUCGAUCGAGGACGCGCGCAUCGCGCUCAAGCUGUACAAGAAGUUCCAGGAGUUCGACGACGCGGGGAUAACCAAGAUGAUGCUGAACGAGAUCUACAGGGCGGGCGACAGCGUCGGGUGGAAGCCGCCGGGGAGCACCACGGCGAACGAGCAGCAGGCGGCUGUGCAGAGGAGUCCCACGCCCAUCUCGGAAGGGCCGCCAUCGACGCCCGUCAGGAAGGGCCUGGCUGGUCCUGCGGCCCAGGGAGCGCUUACGCCGAGCUGGUCGGCUGGCCCCGGGGCCGGGGGGUUUACCCCGGGAAGAGGGAGUCCUCUCAGGUAG